AUGCAUGAAGACCCAUCCCCUCCUAUCACAUUACUUGGGCUUGUAGUAUAUUCGCCAAAAAAGCUUCAACCGGAGGUCCAGAUGGCUACUGCCCCAGUGGUCGGACCUGUUGUCGCCUCGGCAAUAGCAACAGUUGCACAUUCCUUUGUUGUACAGCAACACUACGACUCAUCUGAUGCCAUUCCGACAGAUGGCUUAGCUGCUGGUUCUUCCUCCAAAACAAAUGAGAAAAAUCAGAAUCCAAACCUUGUUAAUAAGUCAUGCUCAGGUGUCAAUUCUUUGGGUUUUUCGGGAGGAUAUGGUAGAAUUUCGGGUAUUAAUAUUUCAGAGGAGGAUCUUUCUCACCCUCCUGGUUUCUCAAAUAAAUCUAUGGGUUACAAUAUGGACGGUUGUUUUGAUCGAUUAAAAGAAUUAGUUGAGGAUCACGUUGAAAGACAAAUUCAAAAAUGGAUUGUCUUUCAAUUAACGUUCAAGGGGCGGGUUGUUUGGAUAAGAGAUCUUGGAUUAAAAAUUUGUAACCUCCAUAAAAUAAAUUUUCUAGUGAUUCAAGAAACAAAGAUGGAAGCGAUGGAUUUGGUUACAGUUAGUUCGUUUCGGGGUAAUGCUUCUUUUAUGCAUGCUUUUUCCUCGUCUCGGGGAUCUUCAGGUGGUAUUCUUGUUGUGUGGGAUCAUACAAUUAUCUCGCAGAAAAAUGUUUUCACUUUUACUUGGUUCGUUGUUAUCGAGGCGAUUUGGGUUCCUUCGGGUUUGGCUGUCAUGUUUAUAGUUGUUUAUGCUCCGCAAGGUGCUAAUGACAAAAGAGAACUUUGGGAUCAGAUUUCACGAAUUAUUAUGUCGUUUUUUGGCUAA